UGGUAGCGCUCUUUUUGAGAUGUGACCUUGAGAGAUGCAGAAUUCUAACAGUAUUCUUAACUUAGUUCUGAUUGGCUUUCAUCACAGGAAGGGGUCUGUUGUUGAGCUAGUCUAUCCCUCACUGUCAUGUGAUGGUUCUGAUCCUACACAUCUCCCUCAUCCUUGGCGUCAUUUGCCUGCUUUAGCAAUAGCCGAUGGAGCCCAUAACUACACAAAAGAUUGCACAUAUUUCAGCUUACCUUCAAUAGAGAAGAAGGAUGUUGCUGUCUUUGGAAUUGCUUGUUACCGCCAGGCAGACUCGGCUUCGUAUGUUCAACCGAAUCCUGAGAUCACUCGAAACACUGUACAAAAAAGCUUGGUUGUACUAUCGAGAUUUCCACUUUUUAGUUUCAUCGCCCAUCAUCUUACGACAAUAAUUGAUAAUCUGUUUAAAAGCAAAGGUUUUACUCCAGAAAGUCUCCAGAACUCAUAUGAACAAUUAAGUCAUUUUGUAGACACUGUCUUAGGUGAUCCAGUUUCUUACCAAGAUGCACUAUUUUAUAAUUUAAGUGCGUCCAAUUUUGUUCGCGUUUACAAACGUGACGCAUUAUGUCUAUUCAAAUUACUUUUAUUGGAAAGACGUAUUUUAUUUACGGGAGAUUCUGGCGGAACUCUAUCAAAUUGGAUGUUAACUUUACUCAGUUUGUAUCCAGAUAUGUUACGUAGUGGUUUGUCACAAUGUUCCGUUAUUGAUCCCUCAUGGAUUUCAGAAACAAGUUAUUGGUCUAAUAUGAAUGAUUCCAGUUCAAAUAGCUUUAAUUCUUAUCAGUAUUCAUUAGAAGGAUCAUUAACUAAGAUCAGUGGACAAGUGUCAGAACAGAAUACAGAUUCAACUCUAAAUAAAGAAGAAGACGUUCAGCUUACUUCAAAUGUUGAUUCCAAGAACUCAGCCAAUAAUAUUGAUCCACCAAGAACUCAUAUAAUAACUGUAUCUGACACAUUACAUACGGAAUCAAAACAGUCUGUAAUAAAUGAGUCAUAUAAAAAAUAUCAAACCAACAAUUUUCUGGAGAAAAUAACUGACGAUUCAAUGUUCAAAUUUUCGUUAAAUUCACCAUUUCCUACUGAUGAUUGGGGAUUUCCUUUAUCUGUAUUUACGAAAUCUUAUUUAGCGCCUAUUUAUAUUCCCCUUGGUUUAAUGGAUAAACUACUAGAACAUUCUAGUCUUCCUAUGUCAUUCAGAUCAAGUAUUAAUUCACCAUCAUCUGGAAAUCAGAUUCUGACUUUAACCGAUCGAUCAGUACGUGGUUUUGUAGCUGGUGCAACCAAUCCCUUAUUGCAAUCAAACAAACAACUAACUGAGGUUUUCGUGUCAUCCUUAUCGCCUGUUAAGGAUAUUUGUGAAAACUACUUCCCGCAUUUGUCUGAACUAACCGGUGCAUUUGGAAAAUCGACCUUUGGGAUAGAAACAGAUUCUAUGUCGAGUCUUUCACUGUCUGAAAAUUCAACGAAAACUUCUUAUUCCAUUAAUGUCGAUAGUGAAAAGAAUACACAAAACACGGGAUCCAAAGUUUCAAAUUUUUCACGACCAUUUUCUUUGCCCAAAAGAUCACAACCAAUCAUUCAAAUAAAUUCAGAAAACAUUACUGACAAGUAUCCUGUCAACUCACGCUCUAUGCCUGUUCCACUGAACCGUGCAUUGCAACUAAGUCGUACUGAUAGAUUGUUUAUUGAUCAUUUGGUAAUGACUGUCAAUACAUGGUACAGUGCACAAAUAGACUAUUGUCAACAAUUGUCUUCCAAAAAAGGUGAAUUGGUAACAUCCCAUAGCUUUCAUAGAUUAGAUCAAUUGGAUACAGAAACUUUGGAACAGCUCACAUUAAUCCAAAAAACAGCCUUAUUAAGAUUUCCAUCUCAAACUAUUUUAGAUGCUUGGAUACGACAACAGUUUUUAAUUUAUUUAAGAGCAUUAUUAUUAUCUGCUCAAGGUUACAAUUCCAAUGCAUCAGACUUUCAGUCAGCCUAUUUAACUUGUUUUCGUUUAACAAGAAAUUUUUUAAUUUGGCGUUAUCAAUUUAUUCCAAGUCAAUUGUUUACUGUUUCUAAACCAGAACCAAUUCAUCAUAAUACUUCUGACACCCAAUUAAUCAACAAAUCAAUAGAUGAUAAUGUGGAAAUUUUAAAAACAACUGGAGAUUCAUAUAAUUCACAGUUGCAGGACUCAUGUACAACUUCACCAGACUCUGUUGCUGCUGUAGUCUCGCAACAUCCUGGACGUAAACUUGCAGAACCUGAUGAUUGGAAUCAAAUUGCUGGUAGUUUUAAAAAGUUGAGCAACAUGGCUGCUGAUCAAGGUCGGAGACUUGUCAGUCAAAGUGUUGCUGGUCUUGUGAAAUUCGGCAACUGUGAGAGCGAAUACACCAUACCUUACUUUGGAUUACACCACUGGGGAGUUCAUCGAUACGUUUGGAAUUACCAAGCAUCUAUAAUUGUGGAUUUAUUGUACCAGAUUAAAGCCGAACACGCAUCAUUUUGGGUGAACUUAAACGCGAACGUCAAGUUUAUUCCAAACGUCAGAAGUUUCAUAGCUGUGCCCUCAGAGCAAAUUUCUGAAGAAAAAAAGAGAAACAGAAAAGCAGCAAGGCACCUGAAUAUGAACGCCAAACGUUGCUUAACAUUGUGUAGUAGAACAGACAGAGAGUGAAAUGAAGUCAGAGGCUCCAUAUUAGAGAAUGCAUUAAUAAAGAACAAAGAGUUGUGUCAUUUACCAAGUUGGAGUAAGCUUGUAGUGGUAUUGGACAAUAGCCACACAAUCCACAAAGCUGUGAACACGAGACUACUCAGAAAAUAGAUAUUCAAUAUUUAACGCGGAGAAAUACCUAACAAUGGAAAAGGCGCGAACAAGGAAUUGAAUGGGCUGGAGUUGAUCGAGUGGCAUGGCUCGGCCAUGCAGGCGUGGUCUCUGCUGAAUGUUACCUUAUAUCUUCUAUUCAUAUUAAAUAUAUUGUUCUUUCUCUAGCCUAACCUUGUUCUACAUCAUGUAUUGGUAAUUGAUGCGAUACAGUGAGUUGGUGUAGUCGAUGGUGUGACUUCCACGUAAGAUCUUAUAGAUUAGGCAGUUAUAUCAUGACAAAUCUACAAAUUUAGGAUUAGGUCUAUUAUUAGAGCAGUACUAAUAUCAUAGUAGACCAUAAUUCUACAUUGGUGAGCCCAACUAAAGAAACGCAACCUAUUAUUGUUAAUCCUUAUUUCCACCUUAACCUUCUCAAUCGGUUUUUAUUUUUGUAAACCCACUAUUCUAAUAGUCCUUUGAUUAAUGGUCACAUAUAUUAUCGUAAUGUUAUAUCUAUUAGUUCACAUAACUUACUAGCUCAAUCGAUAAUAAAAGUUGAUCAUCUAUAUCAACCAAUUAGCUUUGAUGGUUCGUUAACAAGCUUUAAUAGCAUUUACAUGCUUCAGCAACAUAGACUUGUUUAAACAUCAAGCUCUAGCAAAUAUGACCUGCAAAUAGCGUAAGUAUACAUUGACUAACAAUGCAAUCAAGGACUAAAUAGUUAUCGGGAUCUAAUUGUCAGUGUUCCUUCACCUGACACAUCCUGUUUUAAACUAUGCACUAUCCUGUAAUAUCUUUUCUUCUGACCACUGCCUGCCUAAUUUCAUAUUUUCGAGUUCCAUUGCCAAACAACAAGGAUGACACUUCUCCAAAAACAUACGGUGAGUUUUAUCUAUAGGUUUUCUGCAAUCAUAAGGUCAUUUUAGAUGGCUCGUUCAAUAACAACCACACAAUUAACUGAAUUCGUUCGAUUGUUCUAAUCCGAGCGAGUGGCAGAAACGUCAACACCAUCAAGCACCCUGGAAUUAAUUGCCAUACUGCAUGUUUUAUUCUGGAUACUUUUGGAUCAUUACUACUCCUUACGAAUGGCGUUAUAUAUGUCGUCCACUGAAUAAUCUAAUUUUUAGAAAUAAUCCAGCUUACCAAUACCCGGAGGAUUCUUAUUAUCCUUGGUAACCUCCGGCGCGCGACGAUCCCAUCCAAUUUGGUAUCGAACCAACAUCACGUUGAUUCUGGUGGGAGAGUAGUGUAGUGGCAUUGGACAAUAGCCACACAAUCCACAAAGCUGUGAACACGAGACUACUCAGAAAAUAGAUAUUCAAUAUUUAACGCGGAGAAAUACCUAACAAUGGAAAAGGCGCGAACAAGGAAUUGAAUGAGCUGGAGUUGAUCGAGUGGCAUGGCUCGGCCAUGCAGGCGUGGUCUCUGCUGAAUGUUACCUUAUAUCUUCUAUUCAUAUUAAAUAUAUUGUUCUUUCUCUAGCCUAACCUUGUUCUACAUCAUGUAUUGGUAAUUGAUGCGAUACAGUGAGUUGGUGUAGUCGAUGGUGUGACUUCCACGUAAGAUCUUAUAGAUUAGGCAGUUAUAUCAUGACAAAUCUACAAAUUUAGGAUUAGGUCUAUUAUUAGAGCAGUACUAAUAUCAUAGUAGACCAUAAUUCUACAUUGGUGAGCCCAACUAAAGAAACGCAACCUAUUAUUGUUAAUCCUUAUUUCCACCUUAACCUUCUCAAUCGGUUUUUAUUUUUGUAAACCCACUAUUCUAAUAGUCCUUUGAUUAAUGGUCACAUAUAUUAUCGUAAUGUUAUAUCUAUUAGUUCACAUAACUUACUAGCUCAAUCGAUAAUAAAAGUUGAUCAUCUAUAUCAACCAAUUAGCUUUGAUGGUUCGUUAACAAGCUUUAAUAGCAUUUACAUGCUUCAGCAACAUAGACUUGUUUAAACAUCAAGCUCUAGCAAAUAUGACCUGCAAAUAGCGUAAGUAUACAUUGACUAACAAUGCAAUCAAGGACUAAAUAGUUAUCGGGAUCUAAUUGUCAGUGUUCCUUCACCUGACACAUCCUGUUUUAAACUAUGCACUAUCCUGUAAUAUCUUUUCUUCUGACCACUGCCUGCCUAAUUUCAUAUUUUCGAGUUCCAUUGCCAAACAACAGGGAUGACACUUCUCCAAAAACAUACGGUGAGUUUUAUCUAUAGGUUUUCUGCAAUCAUAAGGUCAUUUUAGAUGGCUCGUUCAAUAACAACCACACAAUUAACUGAAUUCGUUCGAUUGUUCUAAUCCGAGCGAGUGGCAGAAACGUCAACACCAUCAAGCACCCUGGAAUUAAUUGCCAUACUGCAUGUUUUAUUCUGGAUACUUUUGGAUCAUUACUACUCCUUACGAAUGGCGUUAUAUAUGUCGUCCACUGAAUAAUCUAAUUUUUAGAAAUAAUCCAGCUUACCAAUACCCGGAGGAUUCUUAUUAUCCUUGGUAACCUCCGGCGCGCGACGAUCCCAUCCAAUUUGGUAUCGAACCAACAUCACGUUGAUUCUGGUGGGAGAGUAGUGUAGUGGCAUUGGACAAUAGCCACACAAUCCACAAAGCUGUGAACACGAGACUACUCAGAAAAUAGAUAUUCAAUAUUUAACGCGGAGAAAUACCUAACAAUGGAAAAGGCGCGAACAAGGAAUUGAAUGAGCUGGAGUUGAUCGAGUGGCAUGGCUCGGCCAUGCAGGCGUGGUCUCUGCUGAAUGUUACCUUAUAUCUUCUAUUCAUAUUAAAUAUAUUGUUCUUUCUCUAG